AUGACUCCAAAUAUUUCAGACGUCGAAGAAGAAAGACGUCAUUUUUCCAAUGUCAUAGCGACAUUUCGGAAGUAUACUCAAUAUUCGCUAACAGCAAAUAACAGACGUAGAAGGGACCUUUUUACUCUUCCAAAGGCUGAUCAGGAUCUUCUCGCUUCAUUGGGGUACAAAGAAAAAUUAAACCUUGUCGACGAUGCCAUUUUAGCAAAUGCCGCGUUCCUCAACCUAAUCGUCGCCAAUCCAGAGAUAUUCGGGCACGAUGUGGAUGAUGAAGACAGUGCUGUAACGUCUCCGGAACCAGUAGGUCAUUCACAUUCACACGACACAGAACAUGUACAUUCGCACUCGCACUCGCACUCACAUGGUUCCCAUAGCGGCUUCCAUUCUAGUCCGCAGUCAUAUAAGCCGUCGGAUUUCGAUAUGGAUAAGCUAAGGAGCACCCUUAAGCAGUUUGUGCGCGAUUGGAGCGAAGAGGGCAAGGAAGAACGAGAGGCGUGCUAUGGUCCCAUGAAAGACGCGUUGCUAAACCAUUACGCCAGCUCCUCGGACGAAGAAAGGAAGAAGCUGCGGGUUCUUAUUCCUGGCGCGGGGUUGGGCCGACUUGCCUAUGAUGUUGCCAAGUUAGCUCAGCCGUUCCUAGGCUUCGCAUGUCAGGGCAAUGAAUUCUCUCACUACAUGCUCCUGGCGUCAUUCUUUAUUCUCAACAGGACGGAUGAGAUCAAAAAGUACACCAUAUAUCCAUACGUGCACUCCUUCUCUAACAUCUACUCCCGAUCAACGAUUUUGCGCGCUAUAUCGAUACCUGACGUGCUCCCAUCCGACCUUCCGCCGGGUUCUGACUUCUCGCUCGUCGCAGGGGACUUUGAAGAAAUAUACGGCAGUGAGGACGAUGGAGGUGAAGAGCCACAUUCGGGACAAUGGAACGCGAUCUUGACAUGUUUCUUUAUUGAUACGUAUGCGAUGCUGGCAAUUGUUGUACACCAAUCGGAAUGCCUCGAAAUUGUUCUGGAUCCAAUAGCACAUUUCUCGGGCUUGCCUGACAUGGUAACACCGAUUGACCGCUGGAGAUCGAAAGAUCAAAAUUCUGCCAAAAAUAUAGUAAACUAUUUGCGUAUCAUCCAUCGUAUUCUAGCUCCAGGAGGCGUGUGGAUAAACCUUGGACCGCUGUUGUGGCAUUUCGAGAACAACAACACUAAUGACCCGUCAGUCGAGCUUGACCUAGAAGAGGUCAAAGCGUUGGCCCGUACUAUCGGAUUUGAACUCAGGGUUAAGCAGCUUGUGCUAUCAUUUAUUCGCGUUUACUCAGAUUUCGAGCAGAACGAGAGCACCGUGGACACGACGUACACGAAUAACUCUGAAGGAAUGCUUGGCUACAUAUAUCAUGCCGCGUUUUGGACUGCCACAAAGAUAUAA